CUCCUGAUUUUACUACAUACUGUAUCAUAAUAGCUUUUUCGCUUGACACUAGGGACAAUUACAUCACUCCUCAAGUCCCUGGCAUGCCAACUUUUACUUCACUUAAAUUUAUCAAAACGAUGAUUGUUAACGAUAGCUCCAAGAACAACAUAAGGUCGCCAGACGACAAUACGAAAUAUAUGAAAGAAGCAGCACGGUGGAUAAAUCUCAGACCACAAACAGACCAAUCGACGGCUCCAAAAUCAUCAACAAUAUCCAGCCUCACAUCCAAGCUUAAAUCCCUCAUCCUCUCCAAAGACCAGCAAGACUCUACGGAGGACACAGGCCCAAAAUUCCACCAAUUCAGCCUCUUACCCAGCGAACUACAAGUCAACAUCUGGACCUACGCAGCGCAAGCACCUCUAACCCACAGAAAAAAUUACGGCAUCCUAUCCUCGCACCGCCUCCCCCCCUCAUCCACAACCGAACGUCCAGACUCUGACCCAAACUCACCCUUACCAAGACCCAUCCUCUACCCUCAAUCAGACCCAACCCAAACAUUCUCUUCCGCAACCCUCCCUCCCUUCUUCUCCCUCUCAGACCCAACCCCCCCUUCAGACCCCACCAACAAACUCUUCUUCCCCAUCGCGCCACUGCUACACACAUGUUCGCUCUCACGACAUAUCUUCCAGCGAGAAUGGGAGCCGAGAUUUCCUGAGCCGUUGAGGGAGAUUAUUAGGAGGACAGGGAGGUGGGUGGUGUUGAUGACGACGUUGCUGGAGAAGCAGGGACUGGGGAUUUUGGUGUUGGAGGAGGAGGUUGGGUGGGAGGGUGUGGGGAUUUGGAUGGGUGGGAGGCUGGAUAGGAGGGAGGGGAGGGUGGUUACGUAUUAUUUGUUCAAUUAUAUGUGGUAAGAGGGGAGUGGAAGGCAAGAUGGGGGAUGGGAUGAUAAUGGGUCUUGAGAGGAGGGUUCGGAAUGUGACACGUGGGGUGUAACUCUUUAAGAGGAGUGUUAACGAACUUGGGAGUCUUUCUGACGGGAAUAGUAUUUGUAUGAAGAAUGAAAGAUGCGGGAAGGAUCCGGAAUUCAGUGCCAGGAAGUCUUCGAAGACAAGACAGUUAACUGGGGGUUCGUAAAGUCGACGUGUGGAAACGUGCGAUAUUUGUAUUGUAGGCUCUA